GCCAAGUGCUUAUUUCAGGGGUCAAAAGAAAAUAAGAUCCUGUCUUAUUUUCAGGGAAACACAGUAAUCCUUGUGUUUCAGAUCGUAAGCUUGGAAGAUAUUGCUAUGAGAUCCAGUUGUUUGGAAUGUGCUUAACAUGACUUAGCAUUUUAUGAUUUCAAUGCUAGUCUAAAUGGCCAGUUGAGUAUAUAUGAAUCAUUUGAACAAGACGAUUUAUCUUAAACAUCCUUUACUGUUCUCUUCAUUUCCUAGCUUUUUUUUUUUUUUUUGCACAGCAGUUUGAUGCUAUGGUCUUUGCAGUUAUAAGGAAUAAUGCCUGCAAAAAGAAAGAAGUACAUUGAAAGCUGGAAAAGAUGAAACAACUGAAAAGGAAAAGGAAAAGCAAUUUCAGUGUUCAGGAGACCCAAACAUUACUUAAAGAAAUCCGAAAAAGAAGAGAGGUGCUUUUUUCCAAACAGCUAAAUACAACUAUUAACGAGAUGAAGCGGAAGGCUUGGGAAGAAAUUGCAGAAUGUGUGAAUGCUGUAGGUGAAGGAGAACAAAGGACUGGGACAGAAGUCAAAAGGCGAUACCUUGACUGGAGGGCCCUUAUGAAACGAAAGCGACUGAAUACUAACAUAAAGUUGGUUGGAGCUGGCUUUCAUCUCCCUUCAUCUGAUCUGGAUGAUUCUCUCAAUGAAGAUAUUGAUGAGAAAAUAGGUUUUCCCAAUGAAUCUAAUUUUGAAUGGCAAAAUAUCACAGACUUCAGAGAAGCAGGGGGAUCAUUAACUGAAGUGAAAGUAGAAGAAGAAGAGGAAGAUCCACAAAGUUUUGAAGUAGGUACUUCUUCUAUAGUACAUCUCCAAACCUGGUAUUUUAACAAAGAGUUUCCUAUUGAGGAAGAAGAGGAGAUUUUGUCCUCAGUUUUGCCCGAUUCCAAAAAGGAAAGUGACCUUCCCGAUUUCACCCAUAUUGAAGAAUUUGGAAAUCUAAGUUCUGCUCAAGCUAGGCUGGCUUAUGAAGAUUCCCACUUGCUGAUUAGCUUGGAGAAGCAGAAGCUAGAGCUGGAAAAACAACGCCUGGAUAUUGAAGCGGAACGACUGCAAGUUGAGAAGGAGCGUCUGCACAUUGAAAAGGAGCGGUUGAGGCACAUUGAUCUGGAACAUGAGAGGCUUCAGCUGGAAAAAGAGCGGCUACAAAUUGAGCGGGAGAAACUGAGGCUUGAAGCUCAGCAUGGUGAAAAACCUAUCUUGGAGAAUGAUCCAAACCAGGCAGAAAAGCCUGUCCUACAACCUUUGGAUUUAGAAACAGAAAAACUGAAAAUUGAGAAAGAGCGUUUGCAGCUUGAGAAGGAAAGGCUGCAAUUCCUGAAGUUUGAAUCAGAAAAGCUGCAAAUUGAAAAAGAACGCUUGCAAGUGGAGAAAGAGCGGCUUCGAAUUCAGAGAGAAGGGCAUUUGCAGUGAACUUGGAAGAAAUCAUUACCAACAUUGUGUUCUGUUGUUUGUACUUUAAAAAAAAUCGGAAUUGUAUUUUGGUUUUAUUAAAAGUGUUGAAUAGUCUGGUCUUCUAAUCAUUUCACUACCAAUGUUAUCACUUUGCUACUGUGGUAAUUACACUUUGAGAAUACUUUUGUUUUGGCCAUAAUUGAGCAUUGAUGUAUUCUUUUUUUUAAAAAAAAAAAGCUGGGAAUUGAUGCUCAGUAAGUUGUUGUGCCUGCUGUAUAAAUAGAAUCUAUUUGUGAAAUUACAUUUUGGUGAAACAGAAGAAGUGUGAAUAACCUCUUGUAUUCUCUGUUGUGAAACUUUACAUCCACAUUAAGAAUCAAGCUUGGCUGUGUCUCGUCAUUUUGAGAGGGUUCUCUAAAUCCAUAGGAACCUUUAAUGUAAAUUUGUGUCUGAGCUGAAGAAGUGAGUUUGAAAUAGGCCUUCCACAAUAAAGUUAACCUCAAAAGUUAUGCCUUUAAUGUAAGGCAUGUUCUUAAAAGAGAUUAAGGCCAGAGAUUAAAGCACUUAAUGUUUUUGUUCUCCGUAUAUUUGUAAAAAAAAAAAAAGUUUCAAGUGUAUUAUAAGAGAUGUCACUUUUAUGUCUAAGCUUGACCAAACCUACAGCUUCGAUAUAUGGAAGCCAGUUUGAUAUUCAAGUAUUUGAGUUGGAAUAUAUUUCUUGGGAUUUACAUAGAUUAUUUGGAUUUAUCAGUUUAUUUACAUCCCUAUGUAAUUAUUUUUAUUUUGCAAAUAAAGUGUUAUUUUAUUAUUGAAA